AUGCCCAAAUAUCUGCUAUUUUUAGUUCAACAACAUUUGAAUUUUAGAAAAGCAGAGCUAGAAUCAUUAGCCGAUUUAUACAACAUCAAUCUAGAUUUCUCCACCUACUCCGAUGACUCCCCAUUUUUUAUUGUAGAUUUACCCAACGAUGAAACAGCUUCUAAAUUAGUGGAGAGAUCUAUAUUAAGUAAAGGCAUAUAUGAGCUAUAUGCCCAAGAUAAGAAUUAUGAACUUUUACAUUCUAGACUAUCCGAAAACAACAAAGUUUUAGAUGAAAUUGAAUCGGCAUAUAAGAGUUCUACCUUUAAAUUUGAUUUCCAAUAUUAUGGUGGCAAAAAAAAAUACACAAAAUCCACUCAGAUUAAAAAAAUUAAUGAAUUCACGUAUUUACCGUUAAAAGGUACAAUUGAUUUACGCUCCCCUCAGGUUACAUUUACCAUUUUAGAAUAUUUCGAGAUGUUAACUCCACAAAAAUCCAAAGAUGAGCCAUCUCAGAUAUUUUUUACUAGACUAGUUAGCCCAAGUUUAAGAACACGGGGUGAUACUAUAUUGGAUAUAUAUGCUUUAAAAAAUCGGCCGUUCAGAGGCACUACUAGUUUCGAAGCUGAAUUAUCUUUAGUCACCUGUAAUAUAUCUCAAGUCAAACCUUUUUGUUUAAUGUAUGAUCCAUUUGUUGGUACCGGUAGCUUUUUGGUCACUGCUGCAGAAUUUGGCGCUCUUUGUUUAGGCAGUGAUAUAGAUGGUAGAAUGAUUAGAGGCAAUACUUUACGAACACCGAGUACAACGACUAAUGAUGUAGCUAAGUACAUAACCAAUGGUAUUAGCCAAAAUUUUGAAUAUUAUGGGAAGUCUCUUCAAUUGCUUGAUGUAAUGACAAUGGAUUUUACACAUAAUGCGUUAAAAAGUGACUUGGUCAUAGACUGUAUAAUUUGUGAUCCACCAUACGGUAUCAGAGAAGGUAUCAAAGUCUUGGGCUCAAAAGUUCCCAAUAAAAUUGAUCCAACAAUAAUAAAAGAUGGUGUUUUGGCAUAUUUGCACAAAGAUUAUAUUCCAACCAAAAAACCUUACAGCUUAGAUUUAUUAUUGGACGAGUUAUUGGACUUUGCUUCACAAAGAUUAAGCAUUGGCGGAAGGUUAUGCUUUUGGAUGCCUACUGCUAAUUCGUGUGAUAUUGAAACCAUUAUUCCGCUACACAAAAAUUUAGAAUUGAAAUAUAAUUGCGUACAAAAUUUCAAUAAAUGGUCUAGAAGGUUACUAUGCUACAUCAAUAGAGGUAAUAACUACAAUGGCCCUUGUAACAUUGGAAAAACAAGAAUAAACGAAAAUUUUAGAGAUCAAUAUUUUAAGGGGUUUAAUUGA